UCCGAGGGCACUCCUAUCCGGUCAGAUCUACGAUGCAUUACAAAUAUGUAGUUUGAUUAUAGUGAAAGUAAUUCUGCCUGUGUAAAUCAAGAGGGCCGUGAUUCGGCCCUAUGAAAGGGUUAUUACUGUAGGGGGACAAUGGCUAAGACGUAUGAUUAUUUAUUUAAAUUACUCUUAAUUGGUGAUUCAGGAGUUGGUAAAACAUGUGUUUUGUUUAGGUUUUCAGAAGAUGCGUUCAAUACAACGUUUAUAUCCACUAUAGGUAUAGAUUUCAAAAUUAGAACCAUAGAAUUGGAUGGAAAGAAAAUAAAACUUCAGAUAUGGGACACAGCUGGGCAGGAAAGGUUUCGCACAAUCACCACUGCGUAUUACCGAGGCGCUAUGGGUAUCAUGUUGGUAUAUGAUAUUACCAAUGAGAAGAGUUUCGAGAAUAUUAAGAACUGGAUUCGUAACAUUGAGGAAAAUGCUUCUGCUGAUGUGGAAAAGAUGCUUCUAGGAAACAAAUGUGAACUGAAUGAAAAGAGACAGGUCACGAAAGAACGAGGGGAACAGUUAGCAAUAGAAUAUGGAAUAAAGUUCAUGGAGACAAGUGCUAAAGCCUCAAUCCAUGUAGAAGAAGCAUUCUUUACGCUAGCCAGAGAUAUCAAGACAAAAAUGGAGAAGAAAUUGAAGGAAGCAAGCAAUCCACCAAAAGGUGGACACCAGCUCAAAUCCUACGAGCCCCAGAGAAAGCCCCCAAGUUGGCUGUCCCGCUGCACCUUGCUCUGACACACAGACAGAUUGCUCCACAUCUGGCCUCGUUUUGUUUCCUGGGCAGAAAUUCAUCCGUCACCACUUCAUGUUGUCUCAUUGUGAAAUUAGACAAACUUUUGAUACAGUAAUUGUAAUACAUAAAAGUAAAUGAGGCACUGAGUUUCUUAUUUUUAUCAAAAAAGAGAACUGUAAUGGGGGAGUGGAAAAGUAAUGUUUUGAGCCUGAUAUUCUGAUGCACAAGACUUUCACGAUUGCUUAUUAUUGUGAAGAUCGUAUACGAGAUUAUGGUGAUUUCUAUUUUUCUGUUGUCUUGGUAUGGAAUACUUGGAUAAGCACCUCUAAAUACUCAUUAUUUUCUUUCGCAAAUGUAUUUUCAAUUUAUGCUGUUUUAUAAUGUAAAAGCUCUUCUUUGAAA